AUGUCCUUUGUCCCACAAACCACACAACCAACAACACCCCUCACCCCAGAGUCCCAACCCCAAAAACAACAAAUUCAAUAUCAGGAAUUCAUUCAAGAACCCCCCGACGACGAAGAACAACACGAAAACUCCGAUACGUUUCCCGCACUCUUGUGGUUGGUGAUGGGGUUUGUGUGUUGUUGUUUCUGGCUCUUUGGGUAUUGUACGUUAAAGAAUUCCAAUGACAACGGCGCACGGACAAUUUCAAUUCUUUCAUUAGUCCUCUUCAUAUUAAUGACCGUCUCUGUUACUCUUGCAAUCAUUGUCAUUGCAAUUUAUAUGAUCAUCGUCAUUGUAUUUUCUAGCUACGACGGUGACUUAAACCCACUUUAUUGA